AUGAAUUCGAUUACUCGUAUUAUUUGGCUUUCAUUAAAUUUAUUCUUUGGAGCUCCACUUGCAUGUCUUCUUUUUGCUUGGGCUGCGUGUGAUAUGCAAGUACCAUUAGACAUAAAAGAUUUUACUUCAACUUAUUUACCUAUAUUCAAUCCUAUCUUUGAUGUACCAUAUGUACAUAUUAAUCAAGUAUCAGAUUCAAUUAUUGCUAAAUUAAUAUUCAAUGCUUUUCUUGUUGCAAUUUUUGGUUUUAUGCAUACAUUAUUUGCACAAGAAUUUGUUCAUAAUAUUCUUAGUCGUUUCUUAUUUCCGAAACAAGCACUUCGAACAGUUUACUGUAUGAUAACAAGUAUGACGGCUUUUAUUAUUAUAGGAUUUUGGCAACAUACACAUAUACAACUUUGGAAUUUCUUACCAAAAACAAUGAAUAUUUACCAACAACAACAUAUUCUAUUAAUACUAUAUAGUAUUAUCUUUAUACCUGCAUGGUAUGUGAUCAUUAAAUUUAAUCCAUUUGAAUUUUGUGGUGUAAAACAGAUCUUUGGUCAAUCGGAGAAUAGUAAAUGUCCAUUUUCAUCAUCAUCAGUAAGCAUAUCUGAGGACCGUACAACAGGGACUCCGGCAUUGAUAACUAGUGGUCUUUUUCGUCUUUGUCGACAUCCAUUAUAUUUAUUUACGAUAUUAGCCUGGGCAAUUACACCGGUUAUGUCACUUGAUCGUUUAGUAUUUAUUAUCUACAUAUGUCUAUAUGCAUUAAUUGGAAUACCAGUUGAAGAACGAAAAUUAGUUCAAAUAUUUGGUCAAGCUUAUGUUAAUUAUCAAAAACAUGUACCAGCUAUUUUUCCUGUUUCUAUUACUAAGACUAAACAGAACUAG